CCUUUUGCUUGUGCUCCUUAAAUUGUAUGUUUGUACCUUCAAAAAUACACUGGAGGUUGAAAAGUCUACAAUGUGCCUGAAAAUGUGUUAUUUCAUGCGGUAUUGGAUAAGUGAGUUCUGGACUAUGUUCCAGUUGCACAGCUGUCUAGCUAACACUUUGGAGCAGUUUAAGGAGCUCAUGAAGGAACAUGGACAGGAAAAUCUCUGCUCUUUACUGCAAACCAAAUGGAUGGGAGACAGAGCAUGGUCUCAAAAAGCCAGUCAGAAAAUCAAAGUCAGAAGCAGCAGGAAACGGAAGGUUUCAUUGCUGUUUGAUCAUUUGGAGCCAGUGGAGUUAGCUGAACAUCUCACCUACUUGGAGUUCAAAUCUUUCUGCAGGAUAUCUUUUGCAGAUUACCAGAAAUAUGUCCGAAAUGAGUGUUUGUCAGAGAACCCCACGAUGGAACGUUCCAUUGCAUUGUGCAAUGGUAUCUCCCAAUGGGUACAGCUCAUGGUGCUCAGUCGGCCGACCCCUCAGCUCAGAGCCGAGGUUUUCACCAAGUUCAUCUAUGUAGCACAGAACCUCCAGCAGAUGCAGAACUUUAACUCUCUUAUGGCUGUAGUGGGAGGCAUCUGUCACACUUCUAUUUCCCGCCUGAAAGACACGUGUACUCACGUGCCAACUGAAACUACCAAGGUCCUGAACGAAAUGACAGAUCUGCUCUCGUCAUCUCGAAACUAUGAGAAUUACAGACAAGCAUACAGCAAAUCUACAGGCUUCAAGAUUCCUAUCUUGGGCGUCCAUCUGAAAGACUUGAUUGCUGUGAAUGAGGCCAUGACUGAUUACAUGGACAAUGGCAAGAUCAAUGUACAGAAACUUCAGGCCCUUUACAACCACAUAAAUGAACUCAUCCAACUGCAGCAGAAUCUACCACUUCUAGAUGCAAAUAAAGACCUCGUUCACUUACUGACACUGUCUCUUGACCUGUACUACACCGAGGAUGAAAUCUAUGAGCUGUCCUAUGCAAGAGAGCCGAGGAACCACAGAGCACCUCCAGCGACUCCUUACAAACCCCCCGUGGUGGUGAACUGGGCUUCAGGUGUUGCUCCCAAGCCAGAUCCCAAAACCAUUAGCAAACAUGUUCAGAGAAUGGUUGAUUCUGUAUUUAUGAAUUAUGACCAUGAUGAACGGGGCUUCAUCUCCCAGGAAGAUUUUGAGAAAAUUGCUGCCAGUUUUCCGUUCUCAUUUUGUGUUGCAGACAAGGACAAAGACGGACUCAUUAGCAGAGACGAGAUCACAGCGUAUUUCAUGCGGGCCAGUGUCAUUUGUUCCAAACUUGGCCUAGGCUUCUCUCACAACUAAGAAACCACGUAUAUGAGGCCUACCUUUUGCGACAACUGCUCAGGAUUUUUGUGGGGUGUCAUUAAACAAGGCUACAGAUGCAGAGACUGUGGAAUGAACUGCCAUAAAUCCUGCAAGGAUCAGGUAGCGUUCGAGUGUAAAAAGAAUGCCAAACCAAGCAACAGUGCAGACUGGAGUCCACAUUCUAAUACACCAACACGCAGUCAUGAUGGGUCAGAUGAAACUCGGUUCGUAUAUCCACCAGAUACUCAAAUAGACAACUCUGAUCGCAAUAAACAGUUCAGCUUGAACACAGUGCCAAGGACCAUGAUGGUGCACAAAAGUACUCAGACAGAGGGAACUCCAUCAUCUAGCAAUGUGCAGUUAUCUCUGCUGUGUCCAAGCGGUCCACCUCUUACACCAUGUCCAAGCCCCAUUCCUCAGCGCAAACGGGUCUGUGCCAACAAGACUUCAAACACACUCAACCCUGCUGAAGAAAACAAGCCCAGCUAUGAAGCGUUGGAGAAGGAGAAUCGGUCUCUCCAGAAGUGCAACGAGAGGCUCCAGAGAAAGCUAAAAGAAGCCGAACGUGAAGUAGAGAUCCUAAAAACGCUCUUGAAACGGCACACAAUUCGUCCAGUUGAACAGGAUUCCUCUUCAUCCUCGUGAUCUUGUAAACUAAAGUUUGUUGGAACUCAAAACGCAGGACAGUCCUGGACUCAUGGACUGGUUAUUCACUUUCCCCUACUGUAUUUAUGAUAUUUAUAAUUAAUUUGAACUCAGGGUCACAAAUUUCAGUUCACACGAGGACAGAGGGGUAUAGAGACGAAUGAUCCGCUGUGGCGACUCCUAAUAGGAGAAGCUGAUAGAAGAAAAAAACAAGAAGACAUUUAGAGUUUGUAAUUUCCUUUGUGAGUCAGUACUUUCAAGCUACUAUAACAAUGCUAUUAUGUAUUAUAAGUAAGGUGAGUGAUCUGGGGCAUUUCCUUUUUUUGUAUGUUUGAGCAGCUUGUGAGUUUCAGACUACACACCAGUACAUGCAGUUCUGCUUCCGUGACAUAUAAUGACUUUCAUUUCUGUGAAAAGAAGGCACUGCUGUACUUAGUUUUCUUAUAAUUAGCUGUGUGUACAAGAACAGCUGGCAGGUUAGUAGCACAUCAUAGUAUGAGCAAUUACAGAAUGUACAGAAGUUGUGUCUCACCUACUUAGAGAUCAUAUUUGUUUUAUAGACAAUACUAUAUGAAUUUAACAGUGAUGUUUCUGGUGCUAGCAGUCUGAACAUUUUAGAGCAUCAAAAACUAUUAAAAUGAUAUUUCACUUUAAAAACAGACUCAGUAGCUACACUUUAGAUAAUAGAAAAUAUAAUCAAGUUCAAGUUCCAAGUUUAAAUCUGUAGUGCUUUUUACAAUGGAUAUUGUCUCAAAGCAGCUUAAUGUCUUGCA